UAUACAAUAAUCUGAGGACUAUGAAAGAAUUCAUAAUCACGAAUUACGAACAAAUGAAUAAAUGGCAACAUGUCAAUUAGUGUACACCAACCACAAGCCUCCAAACGUGAAGUGUGACGCACGGAGUGAACACUCUUGGAAGGUUAGCAUUGAAUUGCUUUGAAUCACGCAUCUCCGCAGAAUCGGCGGGGCUGUUGUCGCUAUCGUCGCCUGAUUCGUGCCGCCAUAUUAGUUUUGUAUUUGGUGUAGCGUAGUUUUGUUUACUGUAAGUGGUGAUAAUUUGCAGAAAAGCUUUCUUUGGUUGAGAUUGAUUUUUGGCGUGUGCUGUGUACGACUUGCCGGAUUCCCGCUGCUGCCCUUCUUUCGCUGAUUUUUACCCCAACACAUUGGCAUGAAGCGUGAAGCAGAUGACUGUGACGAUUCUUCUUAUGUUUUGUCAGGCAUGAAGCGUGAAGCAGAUAGUGACAUGGGCUCCCCUCAGAAGCGGUCCCGGAGUGGGGGUGAUACAGAAGUUAGACUGUUGAUUCCUAGCAAGGCUGCUGGUUCCAUUAUUGGGAAAGGAGGCCACAAUAUUACAAAACUCAGGACAGAGGUGAGUGGAAGAAAAACAAUUGAAUAGAUUUGUGAAAGAUUAGUAAAAUUCCCUUUUUGUUGUCACUUCUAACAAUUUAUAGUAAGCAUUGUAGAAGGAUUUCAUUGUUAAAAAUAGAUGAUUAGUUAAUGAACAUUUUUGCUAGAUCUAAAACAUGCUCACAGUUGCCAACAAUAGUUAUAACAUUAUUUCAGACACAAAUUUUGUCUUGUUUAUGUUUGUUCCUUUAGUGUUUCAGUCAAGAUCCAUCUUGUUAAGGAUUUACGAUAAAGUGUAUUCUUGUGAUCAACAUUUCAGCUAGCUAUUAACUUGACAAGACAGUUCUUUAACAAAUACAGUAAAAUACAUGUGCAGCAUAAUCUUUAGUUAAAGAUAUGUACUCACUAUUUGUUCAACACAGACUUUUUCAGUAACUUUUUUUUAACAUGUUUUGCCCCCCAUUUACUCCUUCCAACGCCCUCUGAAUGGUUCAUCGUUGGUCCCUGAUUGGUCCUAAAUCUGACCAAUGGUACGAUGGCCCCGCCCUUGCCCACUCUGCUGCUCAACGCUGCCCCGUCGGAUUGAUUGCCCGCCCUGCCUGUGAAUGGGAAUAAUGCCCCCGUCGAAUGGAAAUGUGCUCCUCCAAAAUGCAGUACAAAGCCUCAAUUACUGUCCCUGAUUGCCCCGGGCCAGAACGGUAAAUCCAUCACAUAUUUUUCUUAGGUUCAGUUCUGUUUCAUACUCUAUGUGGCUUAUCCUGUAAACAAGGUGAAAUGUCAUUCAAGUGAAUAGAGGGCUGGUACUUCUGCCCUUAUCCCACAAUGUGCACUCAGUAACCAAAAUUCUAGUGGGAUAAACAUUCUAAAAGUUUAAAUGCUCUAAUCUUUUGUUUAUUUUUGUUUAAAUAAUCAACCAUCACUACUUUUGCAGAACACAAGUACUUUAAUUUCACUUAAACUGCAAGCUUAAAUAAAUCUCCUUCAUUGAAUAGAGCUUUAAAUCUUGCUUAGCAGUCAUUUUUAUUUUAUCGUUUAUCCUUGAUAAUGUAAAAAAUAAAUUAUGCCAAUUUUUAUUUUAUUUUAAGAAUUAGUAUGUAUCAAUACACAAUUAAAAAGGUGCACAACAUUUUACAUUUUAGAACAAGAAUAUCCCAUGUAUUAAUGCAUUUAAUGAAAACUGAUAUUUUCUUGCUUGUUAAUCAAGGACUUGGAGAUGGGAAGGAACUGUGUUGGGUUACUAAUUAAAGAAUUUUUCAAAUAAGUUCAAUGAUUUUUGCUCAACAUACACAUUUAGUUCAGUAAGUUACCGGAGAAAGCAGAUUAUUCAAAUAAAUGGAUUGUUUUUCAAAUUCUGUUCAGUAAAAUUUUCCUAUUUAUCACACAGACUGGUAUAUGACUUUGUUUCAUUUCUUCAUAAGUUUUGAGUUUCUAAUGGUCCUUAACAAAGAAUGGAAGAGCACAACAUAAUUAUUAAGGAAUACAGUGUUCUGUUCUGAAAUUAGCAAUUUUCUCAGCGAUAUUUCUUCAAGUGUUAUAGAUCCACAAUACUUUCUGACGGGGAUAUUAGGAUACCACUUGUUUGCGUCAUUGUAUUUGACAUUGAUUUUCUAUUUCAAAGAAAGUUGUGUGAUAAAUGGGAAUUGCUAGAUAAGGCAAGUUAUCCUCUAAGCUAGUAUCGACCUUGCUGCAGGGAACAGAGGCUUGAAGGUUGCCGAAAUAACCCUUGCAAAAAUACUACUUGUCCAAACAAUAUCAAAAAUUUGUGUGGCAACAGCUUAAUAAAGAUGUAUGGGUGGAGGGGAUUUCAGGAUAGAUGUUAGUAUCCUUUUCUGUGCCUCUUUAUUUUCACUUGUCUUUUGUUUUAUUUAUUUAUAUUUUUUUGUGUUGCAUUUUAUCUUAACACUGGCCAUGGUAUAUUAGGUCAGUCCACAAGUUGAGGCCAUCUUCAUAAUAAAAAUGUGGCCAAGUAGACAAUGUCCAUGCAUCUCAGUUUUGAAGUUGUCACAUCAUAAACGAGUGGUUUAGACCUUGGUGUCUGGGAUGUGGGCAUGUGAUGCAUCUAAUUCUGAGAGGUUUUUAGAGAAAUAACAAUUCACUUAGUUUAUCAGGCAGUUGAAACCUAAUGCAGCAGCACUCGGAGAUAAGCGUUUGAAAGUUAGGUUUUUAGUAAAUUUAGAAUUACAUAUUGGUUGAUAAUAAAUUGCUGUUUCCCUUAGUUUGGACAAAAACAAGUACAAGGGUAUUUCAAGUAUACACAAUCAAUUCGCAGGGUCCCUUGCUUCCAGUGUUAUUUAUGUAAAUAUAAUUUUCCAGUCGAAUAAACUGAGAACAGUAAUGUACACAUUGAGUUUUUAUAUGCAAGUUUUGCAAAAUCAUCUAGGUUGGUGCUGGGGAAAUUUUGCAGGUUAAUAUUCCAUUUCGUGCUUCAAUAGGUUACCCUUAGUGUUAUCCUUUUCUCUCUACCCUGCAGUAAAGUAGUUUUUAAGAGUAGAUUCAAAAAAGGACAUCGAGCUGUAAAGACUUGUAACAAGUUUCCAGUGAAAUAAUUUCAAUUUUAAUGUGCAUACUUUCAUUGCAUGUUAAUAUUUUGCCAUGGGUUUACAGCAUUCUGACCAUUUCUUCGGAUUUGGAGACAGUUCUUCAAGUGGUCAACGAUAUUAUACCAAAUGUAGAAGAUGCUUCUACACGUACUGGAUCACGUAGUGAUGAUGUGGAACUUAGGCUUCUUGUUCAUCAGAGUCAAGCAGGGUGCAUCAUUGGGAAAUCUGGUGUUAAAAUACAGAAACUUCGAGAGAAAACUGGAGCAAGAAUAAAAAUUUUCUCAAAUUGUUGCCCUCAAAGUACUGAUAGAGUAUGCCAGAUUUCUGGAAGACCAAACACAUGCAUAGAAUCCAUCAAAGAGAUUGUGGAACUCAUAAAAACAUCUCCUAUGAAAGGAAUGAACAGUCCAUAUGAUCCCCACAAUUAUGAUGAUUACUAUGCUCAAGAGUAUGGUGGUUAUGGUGACCAGGAAAGCAAGGCUCGUGGUGGGCCAAUGCGUGGAGGAAUGGGGCCUCCUCCCAUGGGAGGCAGAGGGGGUGGUAGAUUUGGUGGUUUGGGUGGAAAUAUGGGUCCAGGAGGACCUCCACCACGUGGUGGACCCAGAGGUGGAAUGGGGGGUCCUCCUCCUCCACCAGGUGGCAUGGGUCCAGGAGCCCCAGGGCCAAGAGGUGUGGGAAACUUUGGAGCAAAUCGGGGAGGAUUUGGAGGUGCAGCAAAUGGAAUGAUGAACAGCAAUGCUAUGAAUAUGGGAAAUAACAAUAACGGCGGUCAAAAUCCAAUGCUGGGUGGGAAAAAUACAACACAAGUGACAAUCCCCAAAGAUUUGGCUGGUGCCAUAAUUGGCAAGGGUGGUGCAAGAAUUCGCAAGAUUCGUUCUGACUCAGGAGCAGGCAUAACUAUAGAUGAGCCUCUGGCAGGCUCGACAGAUAGAAUUAUUACUAUUACUGGCACACCAAAUCAGAUACAAAUGGCUCAGUAUCUUCUCCAGCAAAGUUGCCAAUUUGGAGGAGGUUCUGACAACUACUGAUUUUUGAGGCCGAUUUUGGAAGCCUGUUAAAGGAAAGUGUCCACGAAAAUACUGAAAAAUAUUUCUGAAGAAAUGUGCCGUAGAAUUCACCCCUGGGAUGGAGGUCACCUGUUGCAAUUCCAGCCUUCACCCUGAGUUUUUAUAACAAAUAUAUUAAUAUAAGGCUCUAAAAAGUAGUAUACACAUUAGAAAUAUUUCUCCAAAGGGAGGGUAAGAAUUCUUGAGUAUUUCCUUUUAUGUGCAUUGUAGUAUGAAUUCAUUAAUUAGUUGUAUGUAGAGUAUGUUCUAUAUUGUUUUGUAUAUCAGUCAUAACAAUACAACAGUACAUUUAGUUUCAUUUGUUAGAGUGAGUUUGAAUGGAUGUGCAAUUUCUUCCACAUAUUUUCACUUGCUGGAAGAACAGAAAGAUUUGUGGAAUUGUGAAAUAACAAAAACUUGUGUACCUGAAGACACUACAUUACUCCAUACUCAGUUACAGUAAACGAUUAGUGUACAAUUCUCAGUUUCAAUCCAAAAUUGCCAUACAUAUAUAUAUAGAUUUCUUAUUGUGUAAAGAGUGUUUAAAGUAACACUCAUAACAUUUGUGCAUCCCUAUACAGCAAGAUUUCAUCUUACAGUAACAUUUUCGUACUGUAAAUUUAUAAUUUUAGCAGUGUUGCUCAAAACUAGAAAGUCCCAGAUGUGAAAAGUCUAAAAAAUUAUGAAUUCCUGAAUGUGUAAGAAAUAGUAUUAGAAUGAAUUGUAGUAGGUAUUUCCUUGCACAUUCUAACCUUAAAACAGUUUUAAUACAAGGGAAUCAAUUCAGUACAAAUGGUUUUGCAAAUAACAAUGUUUCAAUGGAACAUUUGAUCGACUAUACAUAUUUCAAUGCUGGUUUUUACCUUAUUGUUUUUGACUUGUGCUUCUUGCAGUCUCUAAACUUCAUUACUUAGCCAUUUGUAAACUUUCUAGAAUAGAUGUAUUAUUUCAUUACUAAAUUUGAUUUUUAGACUUAAUCCCUGAGAGUAGCAGUGGAUGUGAAUGAUUUUUGUGCACAGUGUACAUGUACUUCGGGACAUGAAUAAAGAAUAUUGAUGAAUUUUGGU